UUCCACCAUUAUUCCUUGUCUGGCCUUCAAGUGCUUUGGAAAAUAUCGUCAAUCUCAAGGAUACGCCCAUUUGGAAAAGAGGAAAAGUGGAUCCUAGUUUUAUCCCUCAGAUUAGAAAGAGUCCACGUUUCCUUAACAGUCACUCUAACUGGGAACCUUCCCCUUGCGUUUUCCAACGUUUACAGCAAAAGUCACCGGUCGCUGAGAGUUUUACUUCACAAGACCGCCUCCCAAACGCGGCGACAGUGAGAGCAGGCUGGUCCGCCUUCUUUGCGCGGAAAGGCCGGCCAGCCGUUUCCCGCCGCCUCGCUGGAAUUCAGGCGGGAGAAGAGUCGAGGCGCCCGCGAUGUCUGGAGCGCGGAGACGGGGCGCGGGGCACUCCCUGGCGGGCUUCAGGCGGGGAGCAGGGCAGGGUGAAGCCAACGCGGCCGCUAUUCCCCAGGGCUUGCUUCGGGCGGCUAGAAAGAGCGGCCAGUUAAAUCUGUCCGGCCGGGAGUUGACCGAAGUACCGCAACAUAUAUGGCGAAUAAAUUUGGAUACUCCAGAAGAGGCCCACCAAAACCUCUCUUUUACUGGUGCUGAUCGCUGGUGGGAGCAAACUGACCUCAACAAACUGAUUUUAUCUUCUAACAAACUGCAGUGUCUUUCUGAUGAUAUCAAACUUUUACCUGCCCUCACUGUGCUUGAUGUGAACCAAUUGUAUAGUAAUGCAGCCCUUCACAAUUCCUAUUUUAUCAAUAGUCAUAAUAAACUGCAAAAGAUACCAGAAGAGCUUACUCAGCUAAAACACUUGAGGAGCCUGCUUCUGCAGCACAACCAAUUGUAUCACUUGCCUGAUGAAUUCGGACAACUUGUCAGUUUGGAAGAGUUGGAUAUCUCUAAUAAUCAUAUCUCUGGUAUCCCUACGAGUUUUGCUUUCCUUAUAAACUUGGUGCGUCUCAAUUUAGGUUCUAAUCAAUUAAGGAAUCUACCAACAGAAAUCAGUGCAAUGAAAAAUUUAAGACAGCUGGAUUGCACUAAGAAUUUCCUGGAAAAUAUACCUCCUGAACUGGGCAGUAUGGUUUCAUUAGAACAACUCUAUCUCAGGAGAAAUAAGUUGUGCUACUUGCCAGAUUUUCAUUCAUGUACAUAUUUAAAGGAAUUGCAUGUUGGUGAAAAUCAGAUUGAAGUAUUAAGAGCUGAACAAUUGAAGUAUCUGAAUUCCUUGUGUGUGUUGGAACUAAGAGAUAAUAAGUUGAAAUCAUUGCCUGAUGAAAUCACUCUGUUACAGGGAUUAGAACGGCUAGACUUAUCCAACAAUGAUAUUAGCAAUCUUCCUUGUAAACUAGGAAACCUUUCUCAGUUGAAAUUUUUAGCUCUGGAAGGAAAUCCUUUAAGAGCAAUCCGAAAGGAUAUUCUACAAAAAGGAACACAAGAAAUCCUGAAAUACCUUAGAAGCAAAAUACAAGAUGAUGAAAUAAUUAACCCAAAUGGAGAAUUUCCCAUGACAGCAAUGACUUUGCCAAGUCAAUCCAAAAUUAAUAUGCAUGCUAUUACUGUGCUGAAGACAUUAGAUUAUAGUGAGAAACAGGCCGUUGUAAUACCGGAUGAAGUUCUGAAUGCGGUUGGAGACAAUCCAGUCAGUAAUGUAAACUUCAGCAAGAAUAAUCUGACUGAAAUUCCAGCAAGGAUUGUGGAACUAAAAGAAUCUGUGAGUGAUAUUAAUUUGAGUUUCAAUAAGCUGUCUUCUGUUUCACUGGAGCUAUGUAUGCUUCACAGACUGACACAUUUGGAACUCAGAAAUAACAUUUUGACAUCUCUGCCAGAUGAAAUGGAAGCAUUGACAAAACUACGGAUAAUAAAUAUUGCCUUUAACAGAUUUAAAAUAUUUCCACAUGUCCUCUAUCGCAUCGUGACUCUUGAAGCCAUCCUUCUUGGAAAUAAUCAGAUUGGAUCCCUAGAUCCUCAACAGUUAAAGAAGAUGGAAAAGCUCAGUACUCUAGAUCUUCAAAACAAUGAUCUCCUACAGAUUCCACCAGAACUUGGGAAUUGUGACAAUCUCAGAGUACUUUUACUGGAAGGUAACCCUUUCCGAACUCCCCGUGCAGCUAUUCUAGCUAAGGGAACAGCUGCUGUGCUUGAGUAUCUGAGAAGCAGGAUUCCUACUGUUGCUGCUGAUAUGAACUAAAAAGUGUGCAACAUCUUACUUUCUGAAGAACGAAGAUCAUGGCGUUUGUUGUUGGGAAACUUACCUUGAAAAUGCAUAUGCUAGGAUGUUGCUUCUAGGGUUCUCAAAGGAUUUUAGCCUACCAGCAGGCAACUCAGGCUGUUCUUGGGGCUAUACUUGUAUGGCAUAUAUUUGGGUGAGUGAUCUAUGACUCUACCCAGCAAAAGCAAAUAGUUGCUUAUGGUCUUCUCUUCUUUCAACAUAUAUAUCUGGUAUGGCCAUGUUUUAAUUUUAUAUUUGAUACUUCUCAGUUGUUUAGAAUUCUAUUUAUAUGUUUUAAGCGCCCCCAAAAUGUGUUUGCCAUUCAUGUAUACAAUGUUAAGGCUUUGGUCUGAAGGCUUUUAUAGAAGAAGUAUAAACUAAAUAUUUGGUUGCCAUUGGUGUUUUGGUACAUGAAUGUAAUAUGUAUUUUAAAAUCAGAUUAAAUUUCAAAAAUAGCAUUUAUACACAUUUACAAAUGCAAAAAAACAUACAAAACA